AUCCCGGCGUGCCCCUGGGUGGCCCGGGGUGGAGGGUUCUAGAAGGCGUGACGUGGGGUCGAGAGCGGGCUCGGAGGCGGGCGCCUCUUGGCAGUCGCUGUGGCCGCAGCUGCUGGGCCUGGGGACGCGGGUGGUCGGGGGCGCGGGCACAGCCUCCUCGUCUCCCCGGCCAUGGCCGCGCUCGGCCGGCCCUUCAGCGGCCUCCCCCUGAGCGGCAGCUCGGACUUCCUGCAGCCGCCACCGGCUUUCUCCGGCCGGGCCUUCCCGCCGGGGGCGGACGGCGCCGAGCUGGUCCCGCGGCCGGGACCCCGCGCCGCCCCGAGCAGCGCCGGCGGGAGCGCGGCGCGCGGACGUGUUUCAGGUCGCGGUAGAAAGAAACACAAGCGGGAGGAGGAGGAGGAGGAUGAUUGUCCAGUAAGAAAGAAAAGGCUUACUGAAGCAGGGCUCUGUGCUGGUCCUAAUGACUGGAUUCUUUGUGCACAUCAGGAAAUAGAGGGUCAAGGAGUAAAUCCAUGCACUAGUGGCCUUUCUGCAUCUGGCAUGUUAGAUGUUAUUUGUGAAGAAAUGGAUCAGACAACUGGAGAACCACAGUGCGAAGUUGCCCGAAGGAGGCUUCGGGAAAUUGAGGACAGGAUAAUUGAUGAAGAUGAAGAAGUUGAAGCUGACAGAAAUAUUAACCAUCUCCCCAGUCUUGUCCUUUCUGAUACCAUGAAAACAGGUUUGAAGAGGGAAUUUGAUGAAGUCUUUACAAAGAAAAUGAUUGAGUCCAUGAGCCGUCCUUCCAUGGAGCUUGUACUCUGGAAACCUCUCCCUGAACUCCUUUCUGAUAAGCCAAAGCCGUCAUCUAAUGCUAAGAACUACACAGGAGAGAGCCAAACUAAGCAUGCAGCUGCUGGCACUGCCUUCCCUCAGAGAACUGAACUGUUCUUGGAACCUCAGCAAACAGGGAUGCCUGUUUACGAUAGUUUGGAGACAGCUGCUUGCACAGAAGAAGAGAUGGAACUCUAGAAACCAAUUUCUACACUAAAGUUGUCAAAUUUUAGAAGGCUUAUGUCUUCAGUCGUGAGCCUACUUUUGUAUAGUAUAGAGACUUGAAAGUUUUAUGAAACGGGUGUAAUAAUAUCUCCACCUGUGAAUUGGGGUGGGACUCUCAUUUUGGGUAGCCAUUUCUUGAAUUCAGCUUUUUGCCAAGGAAGCUUCUCUCAGAGGAAAAGCAGUUUUGUAAGGGGCCUAUUAAAGGAAUGUGAGAUUACAGUCUGCAAAGGCAAGUAUAGAAGCUGUAUGUGUAAGGGUGACUUCAGUCAUCUGUCAUGUUGUCUAAACCAUUCAGAUACUUGGAGCCUGUUCAUACACUUGAGUUG